AUGGCAAGCAGUCUAGACAAGUUGGCCAAAAACCUGUCUCCCAAUCAGUUCAGACACACUUCCAAUAUCUACCAAGGUGAAAAACUAGAGCUGUUGGUGAAAAAAGGUGUUUAUCCCUACGAUUACAUGGACAGCAUUGAGAAGUUUGAACGUUGUUCGCUUCCAAACCAAGAAGAUUUCUACAACAAGCUAAACGACGCUCACGUAAAGCCCGAAGACUACCGACAUGCGGUCAACGUUUGGAAUACGUUCAACAUACAGAACAUGAAAGACUACACACUGUUGUACAACCAAACGGACGUGCUCUUGCUGGCGGACAUUAUGGAGAACUUUCGCGACGUUUGCAUGCAGACGUACCAGAUCGACCCUGCUUGGUACUACACGGCUCCCGGACUCGCGUGGAGUGCGAUGCUCAAGACCACCGGCAUAAAACUCGACCUUCUCAGUGACUACAACAUGAUCCUGAUGAUCGGCAAGGGCAUUCGUGGCGGAGUGUCACAGUGCUCUAACCGGUACGCCACAGCAAACAACCCUUUUAUGGAAGAUUUCGAUGAGGACCAGCCGACUUCCUACCUGACGUACUUGGACGCCAAUAAUCUGUACGGUUGGUCCAUGAGUGAGUACAUGCCGUAUAAGAACUUCAAGUGGUGCAAAACCGACAUUGACGUUACAAAAGUUCCGGAUGACGCACCAACUGGCUACAUUCUAGAAGUCGACUUGGUGUAUCCCGAACAAUUACAUGACCUCCACUCCGACUUGCCUCUUGCACCGGAACGUCGAGUACCGCCGGGAUCGAAAGAAGAGAAACUUCUCACCACACUGUUUGGCAAAGAAAAAUACGUUGUCCACUACCGGAAUCUAAAACAGUAUCUAUCGCUCGGCAUGAAACUUAAGAAAGUCCACAGAGUUAUAAGCUUCAGUCAAUCAGCCUGGCUCAAGCCCUACAUCGACUUGAACACUGAGAUGCGUACGCAAGCCAGGAACGAGUUUGAGAAAGAUUUCUUCAAGCUCAUGAAUAACAGCGUUUUCGGUAAGACGAUGGAAAACAUCCGGAACAGAGUUGACAUCCGACUAGCCACAAAAGACGAACAAGUCGACAAGUGGACUGCUCAACCAAACUUUAAGAGCAGGACGAUAUUCACCGAACAGUUGGCAGCCGUUCACAAGUCUAAAACAAAAUUGAUGUUCAACAAAGCAAUCUACGUCGGCAUGAGCAUUCUGGACAUGUCGAAAACGCUGAUGUACGACUUCCACUACAACGUCAUCAAGAGGCGACGACCCGACUUGUACAAAGACAUCAAAGGCAUGAUCGAUCUGUUCGACACCAGCGACUACCCCCAGCCCAACCGAUACAACAUGCCAGCAGUCAACAAAAAGGUACUAGGGAAGAUGAAAGACGAGCUCAACGGCAGAAUCAUGUACGAGCACGUAGGACUUCGCUCGAAAAUGUACUCCAGCAGAUCCGAAGGCGGAGUGAUCAAAAAGUCGAAAGGUGUCAAAAAGACAACGAUAGAAAACCACCUGACCUUCGACGAUUACAAACAGUGUCUGUUCACCUCAGGUAUACAAUACGGUUCGAUGAACAUGAUCCGGAGCUUUAAACACGACUUGUACAGCGUUGAACUGAACAAAAUUGUUCUGUCGCCUCAUGAUGACAAACGCUACAUCCAAGACGACGGCAUCGGGACUCUGCCCUGGGGAAACUACAGCAUCCCCGUAGAAGUUAUGGCUGAGCUGGAAAUCCGGUCUGCUCUGUCGACACAGUGA